AAUUAGCCAUCUGCAUAACUAGAAAUAAAACCAGAUACUUGUAUGUAUUCUGUAUUACAGCUCCAUCCAGUAGAAAACCAGGGGACCCUCUGGUUAUUUCUGAUAUCAAGAAGGGAAGUGUUGCUCACAGAACUGGGACGCUCGAACUGGGUGAUAAGUUGCUUGCAAUAGAUAACAUUCGACUUGACAAUUGCUCAAUGGAAGAUGCUGUCCAGAUCCUUCAGCACUGUGAGGACCUUGUAAAGUUAAAGAUCCGCAAAGAUGAAGACAACUCUGAUGAACAGGAGAGCUCUGGAGCAAUUAUUUAUACUGUUGAGCUCAAGCGCUACGGUGGACCUCUUGGAAUUACAAUCUCUGGUACUGAAGAGCCCUUUGAUCCCAUCAUCAUUUCCAGCCUUACAAAAGGAGGUUUAGCAGAAAGGACUGGGGCAAUUCACAUAGGAGACAGAAUCCUAGCAAUAAAUAGUAGCAGUCUGAAAGGAAAACCUUUGAGUGAAGCCAUUCAUUUAUUACAGAUGGCAGGAGAAACUGUCACCUUGAAAAUCAAGAAGCAGACAGAUGCUACCAGUCCCAAGAAAUUUUCUGUCCCUGUGGGUCACGUAAGUGAACUAAGCGAUGCUGAAGAUGAAACCUCUGCUGCACAAAAAUCUGGCAAACUCUCAGACCUCUAUUCCACUACAGUCCCAAGUGUUGACAGCGCAGUAGAGUCAUGGGAUGGCUCUGGUAUCGAUACCAGCUUUGGAAAUCAAGGACACAAUUAUCAGGCUUCAGGAUACAACUUCAAUGCCUAUGAAUGGAGGAGUCCUAAACAGAGCAGUUUGUCCCCUCCAAGCAAACCACGAAACCACCCAUUCCAUGAUACAGGGCUGAGUGAUGAAGAAUGGGACCGACCUACAGCAAGCAGCACAGCUUCCAAGAAUAUGUGGCAACAGAAGGAGACUGAGAUGUUGGGAGAGAACCAAGAAAACCAUUUAAAGCAAACUUCUGUAGAGAGAUCAGGGGGAGAGAGCAUCAGGAACAUGAAGAAAGAGGGCAAGAUGUGGAAAGGUGCCUCUGGUGGGCAAAGGAAAGGUGGGGGACAGCUGGAAGAGUGGAAUACUCCCAGCUUCACAGGUACCCAUGAUAACACCGAGGCUGACCAGGAGGAAAAUUUCUGGUCUCAGGCUCUGGAGGAUUUAGAGACCUGUGGCCAGUCAGGAAUUCUGAGGGAACUAGAGGCCACAAUUAUGUCAGGAAGUACAAUGAGUUUGAAUCAGGAAAACCCACAACCUCGUAACCAGCUGGGAAGACAAGCCAGCUUCCAGGAAAGAAGUACUGUAAGGCCACAUUACAGUCAAGCCACUCGUAGCAACACCUUGCCAUCAGAUGUGGGGAGAAAGUCCAUGGUUCUGAGAAAAUUUAAGCAAGAAAUGAAGGAAAUCAUGUCACCAACUCCCGUGGAGUUACACAAGGUAACUUUGUACAAGGACUCUGAUGGAGACGACUUUGGGUUCAGUGUCUCAGAUGGUUUACUGGAAAAAGGCGUGUAUGUUAAAAAUAUUCGACCAGCUGGCCCUGGCGAUCUGGGAGGUUUAAAACCCUACGACAGACUUUUACAGGUAAACCACGUUCGCACCAGGGACUUUGACUGCUGUCUCGUUGUGCCCCUCAUAGCGGAAUCUGGCAACAAGCUGGAACUGGUGAUUAGCAGAAAUCCGCUGGCAUCUCAGAAAGGAAACUUGGAACAGACUCCAGCAAGCGGAGAGUGGAACGAUCAGAAUAACGCCUUCCUUCAACACAGCGGACACACUAAUGUUAAUACAGAGACACGGGAUCCUACAAAUACAUUAUAG